UCGGCCGGAGUAGCCGCACCCUCAGCGGCGCCGCCAUGGACGCGGAGGCCGCGCGCAGCUAUUCCCUGGAACAAGUUCCAGCUUUGUACUCAUUUCCAUUUCAACAAAUGAUGGCAGAAGCUCCCAACAUGGCAGUCCCAACUGGACAGCAGGUGCUAGCAGAAGCUCCCAACAUGGCAGCCGUGACUGAACAGCAGAUGCCUGCAGAAGCUCCUGCCCAGGACCCCGUACCAGAGGCUCCAAAGAGAAGGAAAAGGAAAACCAGGGCAGCCGAGCCCCAGGAGCCAGUAGAGCCCAAAAAACCUGCUGCGACAAAGAAAUCCGGCAAGUCCACAAAAGCUAAAGAAAAGCAAGAGAAAAUCACAGACGCGUUUAAAGUGAAAAGGAAAGUGGACCGAUUCAAUGGCGUCUCUGAGGCUGAGCUUCUGACCAAGACUCUUCCUGACAUUUUGACCUUCAAUCUGGAUAUUGUCAUUAUCGGCAUUAACCCAGGAUUAAUGGCUGCUUACAAAGGGCAUCAUUACCCGGGGCCUGGAAAUCACUUCUGGAAGUGUCUGUUCAUGUCAGGCCUGAGCGAGGUGCAGCUGAACCACAUGGAUGACCACACCUUACCCGGGAAGUACGGCAUCGGAUUCACCAACAUGGUGGAACGGACGACACCAGGCAGCAAGGACCUGUCUAGUAAAGAGUUUCGGGAAGGAGGCCGUAUCCUAGUGCAGAAACUGCAGAAAUAUCAGCCACGAAUAGCGGUGUUUAAUGGAAAAUGUAUUUAUGAAAUUUUCAGUAAAGAGGUUUUUGGAGUAAAGGUUAAGAACUUGGAAUUUGGGCUUCAACCCCACAAGAUCCCAGAAACAGAAACUCUUUGCUACGUCAUGCCGUCUUCCAGUGCCAGAUGCGCUCAGUUUCCUCGGGCCCAGGACAAAGUUCAUUACUACAUUAAGCUGAAGGACUUGCGAGAUCAGCUGAAAGGCAUCGAACGCAACACGGACGUUCAGGAAGUCCAGUAUACAUUUGACCUUCAGCUUGCACAAGAGGAUGCAAAGAAGAUGGCUGUUAAGGAAGAAAAGUAUGAUCCAGGCUAUGAGGCAGCGUACGGCGGCGCCUAUGGUGAAAACCCGUGUAACGGUGAACCUUGCGGCUUUGCUUCAAAUGGGCUAACAGCCAACAGUGCGCAGCCGAGAGAAGACCCGGCUCCCGGCGACGUUCCGAAUGGACAGUGGAUGGCACAGUCGUUUGCAGAGCAGAUCCCUUCUUUUAAUAAUUGUGGGGCACAAGAGCAGGAAGAAGGAAGCCAUGCUUAGGGCGAUGUCUCUCAGCUCUGGCUCAGUGCUGCAGUUUUAAUGCAGACGUCAGGACGUAGACCCUCAGUUUGCUAACUGAAGAGAUUUAGUGUUAAUAGUGCUUUACGCUAGUGGUGUGAUUAUAUAUGGAGCAGUUAUAUGUAGAGGCAACUGUGUAGUUUGGAAAGAAACAAUAGGGUGUUUUGUACUUGAGUUUUGUAUUUGAAUUACCCAUCAUUCCAGCUUUUUAUAUACUAUAUUUCAUUUAUGAAGAAACUGGUUUUCUUUGAGAAAUCACUUUGGUCUGUAAUUUUAAAAAAGCAACAGUCUGAAUAUUUAUAGUUGAUUCUUCACUGUGCAUACCUAUAUAUGCCCUUAUCCCUUUAAAUGCCUAAGAAGAGCAUGCCAGUAAGAGUCAAGCUGGUAGAAAGGCAGAUGUGCCAGUCUCCGCGUCUGAAGCUGGGAGUGAACUCAGAACCACCCCCCUGGGUGGCAGUCCCACACAGACCCCCUUCCUCUCCCAGUGGAAGUUGCUUGAUAUGUGCCAGUUGCUUGAUAAUAGAAACACAGUAUGGCCGUACCUGAUGGGGCCUGAGCCCUGCCGUUGGCCUCUGCCUCUUGUGUGUUAAUCCUCUCAGAGGCAGAAACAGGUUCCUGAGAACGCAGUGGAACUUGGACAGCUUGCCACUCAUCUGUUUUCCUGAACCCCCGUCAGUGUUCAUCACUGUUCUAAUUUUAUGCUUGACGUGGAAAGUGAUAAGAAGUGAACUUUCCAGUGAGCAAUGGGACACCACAGGUGUUUGUUUGAUAAUCCUGUUGAAACUGGUGCUGUGUACAUGGGAUGUACUAAUACAGAACUUUUCUUGGUAGGCAAAGCUAAUUAUUAGUCAAUGAUUUAAAAUUCAUUGUCACUGCUAUUGAUCACUAUGGACUAAGUGAGCCUCAUGAAAAAGUUGAUUGAAAUGUGUACCUUUGAGGUUGCUAAUGCAUUUUCCAUGGUGCUACGGAUAGCCCACCGGGGCUGGUGGCUAGUAAACGUGGGUAUUCAGAAAUGCCUAGUGCAUUCACUCCUGACCUCUCUGAGUACUCAGACGUGAUGCACACCCCUGGAGCAUGCUGGUUUUGCAGUAUGAAAUGUCCACAAGGGGUGUGUAUUUCACAGAGCUUAUGUAGCCUGUUCUAUGAAUAAUGAGAGAAGCAGUUUCUUGGUAGAAAUUUUAACAUGCCUUUAGCUGUGGCAAUGAUGGGUUUUGUGUCUCCUUCUGUCUGGUCAGGCUGUGUACAAGCCCUGUUAUUUGAAAAGUGCACUGCACUGCUGUUUACAUGGGCUAUUUAUGCGGGUGCUUUCAAGUGCCUUGCAUCAGGGAUUAGGAUCAAUUGAACUAUUUUUUCCAUGGGACCAUGGAAAGCAUGUAGUAUUGCUAGUAUAUAACUAUUGUAGCUUUAUCAUGGAGAAAUAAAUACCUUUAAAUUAUGACUCUGGAGAGUGUGUGUGAGGACCCUCUGAGUACUGUCCUGGUGCUUUUCCUUGAACAUGGUGAGUAGUGAGUGCUGUUGCUCCCUGUAUGUAACGGGGUGGGUUUGUUUUCAUUAAAUAAUACUGCGAUUUUAAACUUG